CCCACCAACGUGCCCAAAACAUCGAAGGUACCCGCAAGGAUUACGGUGGAGAACGAGUAGGAGAAACUGCGCUAACCGCAUACUUUUACUAGGGAGGGGAGACGAUGAGUGCGGUGCGCGCCACGCUGAGGAAGGCACGUAUUGGAAUGGUUCCGCCAGGCGCUUCUACUUCUGCCCAACUGCUCAGAGCCAGAACAUUCUCGAGCGCACCUGAUGACAUGCUACUCGCAACUCCGGCGCCCGAGGCCAGCAAUCCGCGACAAGGCCACGGGGCUUUCGACACGUACCGUUUCGUGACGGAGCUGGAGCGAGCUGGAGUUCCAAAGGGGCAGGCGGUCAUGAUUAUGGAGCAGGUGCUGUUGGCCAUCAGCGAGGCAAACACUCGUCAGAUUGCGCUGGUGGCGACGAAGCAGGACCUGCUCAGCCUGCAAUCCGAAAUCAAUGAGAAGGUCUACUCUUCCACUCUGCGAUACGACCUCGCCCAACGGCACCUGAAGGAGCUGAUGCAGAGGGACCUGAUGCAGGUCAAGGCCGACGUUCGCUCGGAGGAGAAGUUCGAUUUCGCCAAGCUUCACGACGAGAUUACCGAGCUGGAGAAGCGGGUUUUCCAGCGACGAGAAACCGACGAAGUUCGCUUCACGCAGGUGCAUACCGAAAUCGCUGCCCUGGAGCGACGAGUCAUCCUACAGUACGGGAUCGGGUUCUUUGGCAGCGUCAUCGCCAUGGGAUUGGCUGUCGCUCGCAUCGCCGCCUUGCAAUAGUGGUAGUACCGUAGGUGGUGUGGGGCGUACAGUGCGUCAUGCCAGCAUCGUCAGGUCGGUUUUGGUUGAUCGAGGGAGAGCUGGUGUUUGAUUUCGCAGCUCGAACUGUUCCGAAAUCUUGAUUGUUGCGGCAGAGUACAGGGAGUAGUAGUACAUACACCGUCCUUUGUUGGGUGAGCUAUGUAUGAAGCGAUUUGGUUGCCCUAGGAGGAUCGUCCCUCUCUCCCGUUUUUGUCAUUUUGGCCCUUUACACGUGAACCCGUCUUGUUGUUGUUGAUAUUUUCCCGAGUUUGUCGUUCGCUUCUAGUGUACAGAGCUCCCGGCCCUCUCGUAGGGUUUUAGGUGCUACAGUUUUGAAUUCCUCCUUAAAGAAGAUGAUUUCUUGGCGUCGAUGCCGUUGUAAUUCUCUGACCGUUCCAUGGCGGUGAAGGGCUUCCCUCUACACAUGAAGUCUGUCAAUGUCGUGGGGUUUGAAAAUGUCUGUCUCGAGUGGACGCCGGUUUGCGGCCGAAUUGGGUUAUUUCCGGGGUUGCUCACGAUAACUCGUACCACUCUCUUUUGCAGAUAUUUGGCCCCAACUUUAAUCGUCUCUCGAAAAGGCAGCAGACGGGCACAGGUGUGCUUGCCGGUAAAGAUCCUUGUCCUCAGCGCUGCGGAUAGAGUUUGUGAAAUUGUUAACGCAUACAAAGGUCGCCGGAAAAGUUGCAAGAUGAGCCGCCAUGGGGUGGGGUGGCUCUACGCUCCCCCCUCCGAAAGGAACAUUUCAAGCAGGGCUUACCCUACCACGGCCUUGGAGCAGGACCUUCACCUGGUGUUGUGGUAUUCGUUCUUUUUGAGGGGGGCCCGUGGAAUCGCCGUCAACUACUACAAACUGGGAGGUACACGAGCAAGCGGCUAGGAGGUCCAGUUCGGUUUUCUGCUCCAGCUGAGAGGGCGGCAUAAGCGAGGACUCUCCCGUGCACAGUCUAGGUGGGUUUCAUCUAGUCUCUGCUUUACGCUGAGGAGCGCUCACAGAGUAUUGAUAACAUUGCGCGACGGCUUUACUUGGGGUGGGUGGUGGUAGACACGUACGGGAAAGACGAUCCCACAUGCUGAGGAACACCGAUGUUACGUUCGGAAAAGUCAACAAGCCUUGCGAGGGAUUGAUUGACACUUCUGGCGCGUGCAUGCAUGUGUUGCAGCAGCGGGAAGUAGUACGAGCGUGGUUGUACCACCAUCCUUCUUUCCGGCUGUGUUGACCGACUACAUAGUCUCCACUUUUCAUUUGAAUUUUCAAACGUUUCGUCGCGGUACACAGUAUGGCAGCAGCAGUACCGGCCGAACUCGCUUGAAUUGGUCCACUUGUGCGUUGCCCUGGCGUUCUGUUGUGUGGAUGAGGAAGAGGCGCACAUAUUUCGGUUGUUGGUUCCCGUGGUUUUUGCUGCAAAUUGGUCACUCAAGGAUUUUUGGCCAAUCGGAAAUGAGUCGCACCGGUGUUUGCUGACCGAUGGUUUACUCGCAAACGUCUAAUGGGCGGAUACAUUUUCGGUGGUAUUGCCGGGGUUG